AUGUAUGCAACUCUGGGUACUGGAGAAGCUGGCAAGUCACAAAGGCUGACCGUGACCAUGAGCAGGCCAAGUGGGAGCCGGGGUCGUCAUGGCCAGGGGCCAAAAAGAGGGAAAGUUUCAAAUCAAUGCCUUGACCUCCAUGACCACGACGGUUCCAGUGGCGCCUCGGAUCAGGACACUCCGGCCCCUCUGCCGCACCCUGGGGCCGCCCCUUGGCCCAUGGCUUUCCCUUACCAAUACCCGCCGCCCCCACACCCCUACAACCCGCACCCGGGCUUCCCGGAGCUGGGCUACAGCUAUGGCGGAGGCAGCGCCAGCAGUCAGCACAGUGAAGGCAGUAGGAGCAGUGGCUCCAACCGCAGCGGCAGCGAUCGAAGGAAGGAGAAGGACCCGAAGGCAGGGGACUCCAAGUCAGGCGGCAGUGGCAGCGAGUCGGACCACACGACUCGCAGCAGCCUGCGUGGGCAACGAGAGCAGGCUCCCAGCGAGCGCUCAGGCCCGGCGGCCAGCGAACACAGCGACCGCAGUCACCACUCGCUGGCCAGCAGUCUGCGCAGCCACCACACGCACCCCAGCUACGGUCCUCCCGGAGUGCCACCGCUCUACGGGCCCCCCAUGCUGAUGAUGCCCCCGCCGCCUGCAGCCUUGGGGCCCCCUGGAGCCCCUCCGGGCCGUGACCUAGCCUCGGUGCCCCCCGAACUGACCGCCAGCAGACAGUCCUUCCGCAUGGCCAUGGGAAACCCCAGUGAGUUCUUCGUGGAUGUGAUGUGAGCAGGGCCCUCCCCAACUUCCAUCCUGCCCCCUCCCUGGCCGGCCAGCCCUUCUCCAU